AUGAGAAUCCAGAGCUCCCUCCUCCUGGUAGUCCUCCUGGCUUUGGAGACCCAGCUGCCUGUGGCCCUGUGUAGGAAUAAGGGAGAAAAAUCGGGGGGCUGCCCACCAGACGACGGGCCUUGCCUUCAGGUGACUCCGGAUCAGUGCAUGAAUGACCGCCAGUGCCCCUCAUCUAUGAAGUGCUGCUCCAGAGCCUGCUUCCGCCAGUGUGUCCCUAGGGUCGCAGUGAAGCUGGGCAAGUGCCCCCUGGAUCAACUCCACUGUCUCAGUCCUAUAAAGCACAUGUGUAACCAAGACUCGAACUGCUCAGGCAAGAAGCGAUGUUGCCUCAGUGCCUGUGGCCGGGACUGCCGAGACCCCAGCAAAGGUAUCAUUCCUGGGGGCCAGGACAGGGUCUUCCUCUCCAGCCUAGCUCUGGGAUGCCCUUCCAGGUUAAAAAUCUCUGCAGGACACCUCCCUCAGAAGCGAGGCCCCCAGACACAGCCACAGCUGGAGAAAUAG